UGGGGAUCUGUUUCCUGUGCGUUACACGCGCGCAAGCUGGCAAAACUACAAUAACAGAAUAAAGCAGGUUUCAGAUAAUUAAUAAAUCACAAUGGAAAGCAUUUUAGAGCAACAGCGGCGAUACCAUGAGGAGAAAGAGAGACUUAUGGACGUCGAAACGAAAGAAAUGCUGACAAAGAAAACUACGCUGAGAGACCAGAUUAAUUCAGAUCAUCGAGUCAGAGCUAUGCUUGAUAUGUACAUGGAAGUGAGUGCAAACCUCAGAGACUUAUACGAAGACAAAGAUGGUAUGAGAAAAGAUGAGCUGAAUGCAAUAUCAGGACCAAACGAGUUUGCUGAAUUCUACAAUCGCCUCAAACAUAUUAAGGAGUUCCACAGGAAACAUCCCAAUGAGAUCUGUGUGCCCAUGUCAGUGGAGUUUGAAGAGCUCAUGAAAGCCAAAGACAACCCCAGUGAGGAGGCACAAAACCUGGUGGAGUUUACAGAUGAAGAGGGUUAUGGGCGCUACCUUGAUCUCCAUGACUGUUACCUGAAGUAUAUUAAUCUUAAAGGAGUAGAGAAACUGGAAUAUGUCACAUACCUGUCAACAUUCGAUCAACUCUUUGACAUCUCCAAAGACAGGAAGAAUGCAGAGUAUAAGAAGUAUCUGGAGAUGAUGUUGGAGUAUCUGCAGGAUUACACAGAUCGUGUCAAGCCUCUGCUGGAUCAGAAUGACUUGUAUGGAAAGAUCCUGGUGGAGUUUGAGAAGAAGUGGGAUAGUGGGGCGUUCCCAGGCUGGCCGAAAGAGACUAGUAGUGCAUUGACCCACGCUGGAGCUCAUCUGGAUCUCUCUGCCUUCUCAUCAUGGGAGGAGCUGGCAUCUCUGGGUCUGGACAGACUGAAGUCAGCUCUGAUGGCUUUAGGACUCAAGUGUGGAGGUACUCUGGAAGAGAGGGCACAGCGUCUGUUCAGCACUAAAGGCAAAUCUCUGGAGUCUCUUGAUUCCUCUCUCUUCGCCAAAAACCCCAAAGCCAAGGGACCAAAGAAAGACUCAGAGCGCAACAAGGAAACAGCAUUUCUUGAAGCUCAGAUUUAUGAAUAUGUGGAGAUCUUGGGGGAGCAGAGGCAUUUAACCCAUGAGAACGUUCAGAGGAAGCAGGCACGUACAGGAGAAGAGCGAGAUGAAGAGGAUGAAGAGCAGGCUAGUGAGAGCGAGAGUGAAGAUGAAGAUAACGAGAUAAUUUACAACCCCAAAAACCUGCCGCUGGGCUGGGACGGGAAGCCUAUUCCAUACUGGUUGUACAAACUGCACGGUCUAAACAUCAACUAUAACUGUGAGAUCUGUGGAAAUUACACAUACAGAGGACCCAAAGCCUUCCAGAGACAUUUUGCAGAGUGGCGUCAUGCUCAUGGUAUGCGCUGUUUGGGUAUUCCUAACACUGCCCACUUCGCCAACGUCACCCAGAUUGAAGAUGCAGUGUCCCUCUGGUCGAAGCUGAAGUCACAGAAAUCCUCUGAGCGCUGGCAGCCAGACACAGAGGAAGAAUAUGAAGACUCCAGUGGAAAUGUGGUCAACAAGAAGACUUAUGAAGAUCUGAAACGACAAGGGCUGCUGUAGAGCCCCAUCACAACAUUAACAAAAGCAUCUCACAUACUUGCUUUGUGAAAACUGAAGCAUAAAUGUUUCUUUAAACUAUAGAGUUUAGUCCCCAUCUUCUCCAGAGUUUAAGGAAUGUGAUGCCUUUUUUUUUUUUUAAUUGUGGAUUUUGUAUGUCUUUAUUUCAUUAUGAUCAUUCCACAUUUUCCCUUCUGGUAUGAGACAGGAUACUUUCAUUAUUCAAUACAUUUUAGUACAUUGUACGGACAAUUGUUGGUUUUUGGACUGUUUUAAUUGGUAUAGAGACACAUUUCUAAACAUGCUGUACAACUGAGAGUUUCACUUCAUUAAUAUGAAGACAAUAUUUCAAUAAAAGUGAUUUUUUUUGAUUCAGUAAGUAUCUGCCAUUGUAUAAAGACUUUAGUUGGAGUUUGAAUACACUGCAGAGUUAAGUGUGAAACUAUUCUAUUUCCUCCAUGGUGGAAUUAUAUUUGCAUUCAUUUUAUUCUAGAAUAACAACCUUCUUGUUUUGUCAACCCAUGCUUGUGCUGAACCAUCAUUACAAGGACAGAGCUGGAUUAAUGAUCUAAAAAAUUCUACCCCGUUUUUUUAUAGCAUACUAAUAUGACUCUGGGUAUCUGAACACAAUAUAAAUGUAUUUGAACAGGUCAGACAAACCUGUACAGUGUACAAAACCCAUUGUAUUCCCAAACAUCUCAAGCACUCCCACAAUCCUUUAAGAUGGAGUAGAUGCUGGCGUUUUCAAACUGAAUUACAUGUUCUUUGAAAAAGCAGAAUUUGUAAUAAAAAACAAUAAAACAAAGCCUACAGUGAACA